UUCUUGACCUCAGCUAUACAGAUUCCCGUCGUAGCUGGCGCUCUGUGGAAAAUUGUGAUCAAGUCAAGAUGGCUACGUUUCCAUCGAUUAGUCAGGUUGCUGGGUCCAAUAUCACAGCAUAUGAAUCUCUCUUCAGACAAGUGGAUAAGAGUGGCACAGGGAAGAUAGGCGCCGUAGAUGCAGCGGCAUUCCUCAAGAAGUCUGGACUAAGAGAAACCAUCCUCCAUAAGAUAUGGGAGCUUUCUGACCCCCAGGGAAGGGGGUAUCUGGACAAACAGGCAUUUACUGUAGCCCUGAAGUUGAUAGCCCUUGCACAGAGUGGCAAGGAAGUUGCCCUGACGGGAUUGACCUUCCCAGCCCCUCUUCCCAGUCUGGCUGGUACUCCUCCAGUGCACGGUAGAUCAGGAAGCCCUGCUAUGGGAGAUAUCCCAUGGGCAGUAUCGGCUGAAGACAAAGCUAAGUAUGAUGGGAUCUUUGACGGUCUCUCUCCCAUGGACAACAAACUAUCGGGUGACAAGGUCAAAGGUGUCUUUAUGAACUCUAAACUACCUGUAGAUGUACUCAGCAGGAUAUGGGAUCUGAGUGACAUCGACAAGGAUGGUUUAUUAGACAGAGUUGAGUUUUCAGUGGCAAUGUACCUUGUAUACCGAGCCCUAGAGAAGGACCCUGUCCCUGCUGCUCUCCCAAACAAACUCAUCCCACCCUCCAAGAGGAAAAAGCCUGCCCUUCCCGGCUCGGUCUCGGUCCUUCCUGGGCUGCCGUCUGCUGGUGCUCUCAGGAGAGUGACUCCACCCCCUACAAGCCCAGCCCUGCGUAGCGGUUCCCCAUCAGUAAUGGCUUUCCCACAGCAACCAAGCACGGUUGGGGCUGGUAGCACUGCUCCUUGGGUAGUUACAUCAGAGGAUAGCGCCAACUGCUACAUCUUGUUUAAGCAGCUUGACACAGAGAUGAAAGGUUACCUAAACGGUGACCAGGUCAAACCAUCACUUCUAGAAACCGGUCUACCACACCAGACACUUGCUCAUAUUUGGAAUCUAUGCGACAUCAAGCGGACCGGUCAGUUAAACCCUGAUCAGUUUGCCCUGUCAAUGUACCUAGUAAAUCAAGCCAAGGCAGGCGUCAUGCCGCCACAUCAACUCACCCUUGAGAUGAUACCACCAACAUUCAGACCUAAACCAGGGGGGACAGAACCAGGACUAGCGGAAUUGGGAUCGAUCCCCGGAGGAGCCCCUGGAGACUUCUCAGCUAUCAAGGAGCUUGACGCUAUCAGUAAGGAGAUCGAUAUCCUUGGCAAGGAGAAGGGCCAGCUCCAGACGGAUAUACAGAAGAAAGAGGAGCUCAUUAAGAUGAAGAACAUGGAAGUUCAGGGUCUCCAGACAGAGCUGGACAAAUCCUCGGCCCAGGUCAAGCAGCUAGAAAACCAGAAAUCAGAGGCCCAGAGAAGACUAGAUGAUCUGGACCAGCAGAAGACCAAAUUAGAGGGUCUACUCACAGAGGUCCAAUCCCAGUGUCAAGAGGUCCAGAAGAGCGUAGACUCAUUGCGAGGACAGAUCAGUUCACAACAGAGCAACGUCAAGAAGAAAAAGCUCAAGGGUGAAGAAGCGAAGAAAGCUAUAGUCAAGGCCCAGGAAGAAGAACUGAAGACGGCACAGACAGAGCUGAUCACCCUGAGGAAGGAGGAGCAGCAGCUUGAGCAGCAGGUGGAAACGGGGAAGUCCCAGCUGACCACAGUGGAGCAAAGCCUCAACCAAACAAACCAACAAAUCACAGAGCUCCACACGAAGCUAUCCUCGCUGCGUGAUACCAAGACCAAGUUAAAUGGAACCAUGUCUCAGAUCAGUCAGGCUAUGGACACAGCUAACUCCACGGGUACCAUGCCACAAAUCGAUGAGUUUGGAUCGUUCAACGACUCCAAGUUUGGUCUCUCUCAUGAUGAUAUCUUCAGUAGCAGGGCAACAGCCGGUAGCAGUAGUCCUGUGAGUAGCUUGAGUGGAUUCAGCAUCGGGUCAGAGGUUAACAGCAAGACAGGAGAUACCGCUGAUGAUAAGGAUGAUCCGUUCAAGUCUAAGGACCCAUUUGCUGGCAUGGGAGACGUAACAUCCUCAGAUCCCUUCCAAGCUGAAGACCCUUUCAAAGACUCUGAUCCUUUCAAAUCCGAAGGAGGAGAUCCCUUCAAGAGCGAGGCCUUCCAGGCCAACCCAUUUGGCGGAGACCCUUUCAAGAGUGAUCCCUUUGGCACAGGAGCCACCACCACAAACUCUGAGGACCCCUUCAGCGGCGGAUCCGCAAACAAUUCCAACGACCCUUUCUCUUCGUCAUCCCCAGGGUCCACCGACCCGUUUGGAGGAUCGACGGCAGCGAAGGAUCCGUUUGUAGGCGGCGAUCUAUUCGCAUCAAAAUCUGGUGACCCCUUCGGGUCAAGCUCAUCAGACAAUAAGAAUGAUCCUUUUGCUCCGAAAGGCUCAACAACAGACAGUGAUCCCUUUGCAGCUAAAAGUUCAAUGACCGGGGAUGACCCUUUUGCGUCUAAAUCGCCAGCAACGAGCGGUGACCCGUUUGCGUCAAAGGCGACGAAGAGCGAUGACCCGUUUGCGGGUAGCACGAAUGCAAGUGACCCAUUUGCAGGGUCAACGAACACUGAUGACCCAUUCAAAGGAAGUGAUCCCUUUGCUUCUGAAUCGAUAGGAGGAUUAACAAAUGGCAGUGCAGAGACUAAAACAAGUGAUCCCUUUGGGUCAAUAGAUCCAUUUGGAGGUAGUGCUUUCAAGGAAGACUCAUUCAGCAAAAGCUCCAGUACUGAUACGUUCAGCAGUGAUCCUUUCAGUCGUCAGGAGGACACCCCGGCGCUACCCCCAAAGAAAAGCAGAGGGCCCAGCACCUCUACCACCGCCAAGCCUGCCUCCAGCUCACCAAGUACUACGUCCACUGCUAGCGACCCCUUCCAGGCUUUCACCACCAACUCCACCCCCCACAGCGACCCCUUUGCCAAAGCCGACUCCUCCGCCAGCACCAAUGACCCCUUCGCAUCAACAGGGUCCGCGGGGGGCAAGGUCAACAGCUCCAAUGACCCCUUUGCCCCCUCGGGGGCUGGGAAGGAUCCCUUUGGUGGUAGUGGAGGAGGGAGUGAUCCGUUUUCAGGGGGAGGAGAUCCGUUUGGUGGCAGUGCUGGAGGCAAAGCUGAUAGUGGCUCAGAUCCAUUUGCAAACUUUGCUGAUUUUGGCAGUGCCAAGUUUGAAGGAAAACCAUUAAGUGAGGACGACCAACUGGUGUGGGCCGUCAAAGAAGCACAAAAGGAAGAAGAAAGACAAAAACAACUUGCCAUUCAGGAGGAGAAUGACCUUAAGAGGGCGCUACAGUUAAGUCAGGAUGAAGUGGGUUCAUCAGAGGCAUAGCAUGAUGCUCUGGGUUCCUCAGGAUCCUGACCUGACCGUAAAACUUUGAGAACACCACCAUGUUCACAUGCAGACUGUUUAGCAUUGGCGAAUUAAUGAACAUUUUCACAUGCUAGUAUUGUUGUGCUCUGUUUAUUUGUGUACCUUCUCGAGAAAAAGAAAUCUAGACAUGAACAUUUUGUCUGUUUUGUGACACUUCAUCAAGAUAAUGGUUUAAAUAGUAAACAUAAAGGAAUGGGGAACAAGGUCAUGGACUCUUACGGAGAUCUGCACCCCAAGAUUUUGCCUUCUGCUUAUGGGCUGCUACUAAACAAAGAAGAACGGAAAGCAAGCUCAUUCACGAUAAUGAUUAGAUUUACAUAUCAAGAUUUAGCAUGUUUGUUACACAUCAAGAUUUUCAUCGUACGAAACUUAGAGGAAUGAAAAGAAAGUGAAAACGUUGGCAGGUUUCCUGCAAGGUGAAGAUAAAGGAAACUCGUCAUGCUGCAUGGAAGGUUGACGUUCAUGCUGAUGAUUUUGUAGUUGUCGCUUCCAUGGAAGGGAUUCUCUUCUGAAAGGACGAUGAUUUGCAGGAGCUGGGUUUAAUAUAAGGAGUAGCAUGCUGCAGCCUCGUGCAAUGUCAUCAGAAUGUCAUCCAUCCCAUCAUAGUUUCCACCUUUGUGACCUACACACGUAUCAUUAACCUUAUGAGUGAGUGACAGCAUGACAUAGAUGUGUUAUAAAACAAUGUUGACCAGUUUGUAUGGUUUGGAGUCAUAUGACACCCUACCAGUCAUGUGACAUCCUACCAGUCAUGUGACAUCCUACCAGUCAUUCUUCGCCAGUUUGUAUGGUUUUGAGUCAUGUGACAACCCACUGAAGUCAUGUGACACCCUACCAGUCAUGUGACACCCUAACAGUCAUGUGACAUCCUACCAGUCAUGUGACAUGACCGUCAAUGAUCACUUAUCUGACAAUGAUGCUUUCAUCGCUGACAUGUCCAAUUUCAUCCCCCAUUUAAUUUUGUGUUCACUCUCCAUGGAUCAAUUAAGAUGCUAUCUAAAUGAUGUAUUAAAGGCCACUUAUAGAUCAUUAUAUUCCCUCUUACCAAAGGGGGCUGUUUAACUCUUUUCUGUAGUCUUGUUGAUAUUUAUCUGUAGAGAUUGUGCUUUCUUCCCUAUUAAAAGGCUCGUUCAGAUAUGAGGAGCAAAACCGCUGCUUUUU